UCAGACUUCUCCUUUCCAGUUAUGUAAUAUUUCUCUAAAGUGUCCGAAUAAAUGUGCUGCAUGCAUUGUAUUAAACACAUGUGAGUUCUGACUGAGCAUGUGAGUUUAAAGUCAAGUGUGUGUACGCAAAAGUGACAUAUAACAAUGAACCUCACUGGAAUUUUCUGCAUUCUUCUGGCUUUUCCACUGCAACCUAAAGCCAGUUCACAUGCUCUGCCAGAUGGGUACACCUGUGUGACAGAUUACUGGCUCACCAUCAACUGCUCUUUAAAAAUACCAGUGACACCCGCCAGAGCUACAAACAGAUCAUAUUGGCUGAAAUUUGAUCAGAACAAGGAGAAUGUCACGUUUGAAUGCGCACUUCAGAGAGCUUAUGAGGAUUACAGCUGUACCUAUUCUUUUGAAGAAAAGGCUUUUUCUGGGUUCAUGGAUAUUGACCAAUAUACAAUAACACUUUUUUAUUUGGAAAACGGACAAAAUAAUUCCUUGCUGUUGGAAUCUUCUUAUUAUCCAGCUAAAAAUAUUAAACCAAAACCCCCAGAUAAUUUUAUGUUUCAAUAUGCAAAUGGAACCUAUCACUUUAAAUGGCAGAGUGGAUAUGAACAUCACGUCUAUGGAAAGGUUUUACCCUUUAUGUACGAGUUCCUGUAUUACAAAGAGGGAGAUCGUGGCAGUGAGGUCAUUGCUCACCCAGAAAUGCUUCAAAUUGAUGAACUAAAACUUGUUCGGGGUGCUCAAUACACUGCUAUGGUGAGGACUGGGAUAGAUCAAAAUCACUUUUACAAUGGAACGUUGAGUGACUGGAGCAUUGCAAUAAAAUGGAAAACGACACUCGAAGACCAAUCCAAUCAAGUUGGCAGGAUUGCCAUCAUAACGUGUUUGAUGCUUGGAUUUCUAAUUCUGCUCUUGUCAGUUCCUGUUGCAAGAAUGAAAAUAAAAGAAAUUGCAUGGGUGCCAACACCGGCGACAUAUUUUCAGCCCCUAUACCAACAUUACCAAGGCAAUUUUCAGUGUUGGGUUUUGGCAAAGAGUCCUAUACAAGAUGUUUGUGUUAUGGAAGAAUUUUCAACAAUUGACAAGAUUGCCGAGGCCAAAACUACACUACAGGAUUAUGGAGAGAAAACAGACGUGCAUCCCUCAGCUCAAUGCUACACAGCUUAUGUGGGCCCCACAGCUGCGAUCUGGGCCCCUUUCCAAACAACCGAUGUGUGUAGUGAGACAAGUAUCCCGUGUGAGGAACUUUCUUUGUCCUGUGAAGAGUUGCCUGAUCAAGUGGAUGACCUCAUACAGUGUCUAAGCACAGUGUGUUGCAGUGGAGAUGUUCUCUCUUUGAAGAACUCUGUGCUUAGUCUUGAGAGUUCUGAGAGUUGCGGGUCAUCUGAAGCACCGGCAAUCAUUAACCCAACGCCUGUAUGCUUCAAACAAGAUUACUGCACUCUCACUGACACUCCCCAAGGUCCUGUCCCCACCUUCACCAAAGAUGCAGAGCUGGAUGGCAAUACCUCCACUGAAUAAAUGCAGCAGAGGAGGACAUUUUACAAACAAGCAGUAUACUUGAAAGACAAAUGUUUGUAGAUAAUAAUAUGUGGACAUUUUGAAGUACCAGAGAAUGCAUGUUAAUUCCUUAUACUUUCCAGUCCAAUAAUAAAAUGUUUUUCUAUUUAUCUUCAUCAAAAGCAGCUGACCAGCUGCAGAGACAGUCUAUAGCUUUAAGUACUUUGCUUAAAAACUGAAUGACAUCAAAAAUACCAAUCUUUUGUAUUUUUUUUAUUUUUUACAAAUGGUUAAAUUAGCAUUUUAAAAACCAUAUAUUAAGGCACUUCCUUUAAAAAAAAAAAUAAAUAAAUAAAAAACCAACUCUCUUUUCUGUUUCUCUCUUUUCUCUAUUUUUGUGCAACAGAUACCUGCAGAUUAUUUGCCCUUUGUUUGAGUAUGUAUAUCGCUGAGUGUAAUAUUUGUUGUAAAUUUCUUCAUUUGCCUGACAACAGGAUAAAAAUUUUUUUUGAUUUUUUUGUUGUUGUAGCAGAUCAUGUUUAACCCACACCUAAACUGGCUUAUUUUCAAUAAUCUUACUUGAACCAUUUGUCCUAUAAAG